AUGACAAUGCCAUCCGACGAAGAAACCCCGAUCCCCCUCCCCUCGGCCCCCCCUCAGCCCCUCACCCCCAACACGACCCUCCAACUACCCCUCUCCCGCCGCGGCCGCGGCCCCGGCCUGAUCCUCGUCGCCGAUGCCACCUUGCCGCUCGGCCCCGCCGGCGAGGAAAAGACGCUGGAUCCGCCACCGCUGCAGAAGUGGGCGGAGGAGGGGUAUGCGGUCGUGCAGAUUGUACUGCGUGAGGGGGAUGGUGAGGAGGCGUUUGAGGAGGAUUUGGGGCGCGCGUGCGCGGCGUUGGAGGGAUUGGAGGAAUGUGUGAGGGAGGAGGAUGCGGGGUAUGGGGUUAUCGCCUACUCCCCGCUCCCCGCGCGCGCACACGAGACCUUGACCGCAACAACCCCCCGCAUCGCCGCCAUCAUCAACUACUCCACGACCCCCAUCCCAGCCCCUCCCUCGUCCUCUCCUCCUCCCCCCAUCCCAACCCUCUGGCACCUCGCCGGCCCCACCUCCACCACCACCACCCCAACAACAACAACAACCCACGCCUACCCCACCGCCUCCGCGCACUUCCCUCUCCCCGCCCACACCGCCCACCACCCCCCCUCCGCCUCCCUCUCCCACACCCGCACCCUCACCUUCCUCAAACCGCUCCUGCACGGGCCCAUCUUCGACCUCGAAGCCAUCUGGGCCGAGCACUGCCUGUACGAGUUCGGCGAGCGCGCCGUCGCCAAGACGAUGGCGACGAUGGUCAACGAGCCCUACGUCAACCACAUCCCGACCAUGACGGGCGGCGUCGGGCGGGCGCGGCUGACGGCGUUUUAUCGCAAUCACUUCGUGCACAGCAACCCGCCGGACACGCGGCUGGAGCUGGUGGGGCGGGUGGUCGGGGUCGAUCGCGUGGUGGAUGAGUUUGUGUUUGCGUGCACGCAUGAUCGGCGGGUGGAUUGGCUGGUGCCGGGCGUCCCGCCUACUGGGAAACCGCUGGAGGUGCCGUUCACCGCCAUCGUGAAUGUUCGCGGGGACAGGCUCUACCAUGAGCAUAUUGCGUGGGACCAAGCUACGCUGCUGAGGCAGCUGGGUCUGCUCCCGGAGUACCUGCCUUUUCCGUAUCUGGUGGAUGGAAAGGCUCCUGCGCCGGGGAAGAAGUUUGAGUAUCGUGUGCCGGUGGCGGGCGUGGAAACGGCGAGGAAGCUUGUUGACGAGAACUCGGUGCAGUCGAACGAGAUGUUCAGCUACGGUAUCAGAGAAGUUGAUGCGUAA